CUUUGGGUUUUCCGUCUCUUUCCCUCCUCUCUCUCUUCCCCCGGCGAAAAAGGCAGGAAGGCCUCCGCGAGGACCGGCCAUGUCGACGCUGGAGAUCGAAGCUCGGGACGUUAUCAAAAUAGUCCUGCAGUUCUGCAAAGAGAACUCAUUGCACCAGACCUUCCAGACGCUACAGAGUGAGUGCCAAGUCUCAUUGAAUACAGUGGACAGCCUUGAAACGUUUGUUGCAGAUAUCAACAGUGGAAGGUGGGAUGCAAUAUUGCCUCAAGUGGCGCAGCUUAAGCUUCCUAGGAAGAAAUUAGAAGACCUAUACGAACAGAUUGUUUUAGAAAUGAUUGAGCUUCGUGAGCUAGACACAGCACGUGCUAUUCUUAGACAAACUCAGGUCAUGGGUGUUAUGAAACAAGAGCAACCUGAGAGAUAUUUACGUCUUGAGCAUCUCUUGGUCCGAACAUACUUUGACCCCAAUGAGGCAUACCAAGAGUCAACUAAGGAGAAGCGGCGGGCACAAAUUGCUCAAGCUAUUGCUGCUGAAGUUUCUGUGGUACCGCCAUCUCGACUAAUGGCAUUGAUUGGUCAGGCUCUGAAGUGGCAGCAACACCAAGGAUUGCUGCCCCCAGGCACACAAUUUGAUUUGUUUCGAGGAACAGCUGCAAUGAAGCAAGAUGAAGAUGAUAUGUACCCGACAACCCUAGCGCAUCAAAUAAAGUUUGGAAAGAGAAGUCACCCAGAAUGUUCUCGAUUCUCUCCAGAUGGUCAGUACUUAGUUUCAUGUUCGGUUGAUGGAUUUGUAGAGGUUUGGGAUUACAUAAGUGGGAAGCUUAAGAAGGAUCUGCAGUAUCAGGCUGAUGAUGCUUUCAUGAUGCAUGAUGAUGCUGUGCUUUGUGUUGAUUUUAGCAGAGACUCGGAGAUGCUGGCAUCUGGAUCACAAGAUGGAAAGAUUAAGGUUUGGCGUAUUAGAACAGGUCAAUGCUUGCGACGUCUUGAGCGAGCGCAUUCUCAAGGUGUUACUAGUCUUACAUUUUCUCGUGAUGGAAGCCAGCUAUUAAGUACAUCCUUUGACAGUACUGCCAGAAUCCAUGGCCUCAAGUCGGGAAAACUAUUGAAAGAGUUUCGAGGACACACUUCUUAUGUUAAUGAUGCGAUCUUUACAAAUGAUGGUAGCCGUGUUAUUACUGCUUCCAGUGACUGUACUGUAAAGGUGUGGGAUAUGAAAACUACAGAUUGUCUACAGACUUUCAAGCCACCACCUCCUUUGAGGGGGGGUGAUGCAUCUGUGAACUCUGUCCAUUUGUUUCCAAAAAAUACUGAGCACAUAAUAGUGUGCAACAAAACAUCAUCAAUAUACAUCAUGACUCUCCAAGGACAGGUUGUAAAGAGUUUCUCCUCUGGUAAGCGGGAGGGAGGAGAUUUUGUUGCAGCCUGUGUAUCUCCUAAAGGAGAAUGGAUCUACUGCGUUGGUGAAGAUAUGAAUUUGUAUUGUUUUAGCCAUCAGUCUGGUAAGCUAGAACAUCUUAUGAAGGUUCAUGACAAAGAUGUGAUUGGUGUUACCCAUCAUCCUCAUAGAAAUAUGGUUGUUACAUAUGGUGAAGACUGUGCCAUGAAAAUAUGGAAGCCUUGAGUGUUGACGGCAAUGCUAUGCCUAUGCAGUCUGAAAAGUUCACCUAAUUUGUAUCUGUAAUUGUAUGAAAUUUUGCUAGUCUCUUUCACUUGGUAGGGUCACCCGAAUUUGCAGCAUCCUGUGAAUCAUUUAGGUGUUCUUGAUGCACUCUAUUCAUUGCCCUCCUGUAAUGGAAAGGAACGUCUAGAUGAUUUGUGAGACACAUUGGAGAAAAUAGAGCUCAUGUAAAACAUGAUACUCCAUAAAUUUAAAAAGCUGGGGGGCAAAUUGUUGGGACAAUUUGUUAUUAAAAUGAGCAAUCAUAUGCUAUUCAUGGUCUGUCUUG